AAAAUAAAAAAAAACACUUCUAGAAAUCUCAGUCCAAACUUCUAAGUCCUUCUCCAAAGGGUAGACAUUUGGACAUUCAUUCCUCCUGGACAGAAAAGGUGGAAAUGGAGGACAGGUGCUCGAAAAGGAGGAUGUCUUGUCUGGCCACCCCACCUCCCCUUUUUGCAGCUGCCUUCCCCAUCUCUUCGCCUCAAAGAGGAGAAGGAGGCUGCAAACCAGAGAGGAGGAGUUGGUGGUGCUGCCUGAUCCGCCCCAAAGAGGCUGGAAGAGGAAGACCUAGUUGCUGCCAGUUUUGGAGCUUUUCUUCUCCAAAGCCUCCCUCCUCUGUUGUUGUUAUUGUGUAGCUUCAAGACUCUUACAGCCACCAUGGGGUUUUCUUGGCAAGUUUCUUCAAAGGGUGUUUGCCAUGGCCAUCCUCUAGGGCUGAGAGAGUGUGACCGAGGGGUUUACAUGACUGCCUCUUUAUUUUUUAUUUCUUGGGCCCAUUACCUGGAGCGGCAUUAAGGUGUGAAGAGGCCCGUUGGAGGAGCACCGCCCAAGAUGGCACUGCCUGAGCCUGCCAUGCAAACAAACCAGGGCAAAGCAGGGCACUGUGACUCAUUCUUGUCUCCUUUUUUGGAGCACAAUGGCCAGCCAGGUCAUGGCAGGUUCUGAGAAGAGAGCCUGCCCUUCUAGGAUCAAGAAAUGGACCUUACCUGCAGGAGCAUCUUCAGCAGCCCCCAAAGUCAAAACAAUCCUUGCAACGAAUUAAUCCUUGGGACAACUGCCAAGGCUCACAGCUUCGAGUUGGCCUGCACAUGGGUGGACUAAAGCCAGUUUCCUCAGAUGGCUUCUUCAGUCUGCUAUCGCUGCGCUACACUGUUAGGAAUUUGUAGCAACCGUUUACAAAGAAUGGCUCCCCAUGUUCUGUGCCUCAGCUGAUAAAAGUCUUUAUGCACUUUAAUCUUCUACCUGCAUCUUUGCCUUGCACAUUGUGAAGCUGUACCUUAACUUGUGGAUACAAAGGCGUGCCAGACAGAACUUUAUUAUUAUUGCCUUAGUCAUGUUCCAGAGGCUGAAUAAUAUGUUAAUGGGAGAAAUCAAUAAUUUGCCCAGCCAAGAACCAGCAUUUAGUGAGAAGGAAGAGGAAGAGUGGAUUCUGGUUGAUUUUAUAGACACCUGUAAUAACUUCUCAAUGGUGGAAGAAGAAAAGGAGGAAGAAGAAGAGGAGGAAGAAGAAGAGGAUGGAAAUCUCCAUGAAGCAUCGUCACCUGUUGACCAUCCGCCUGUCUUCUCUUGUCUGCCUACUUCCUUGGAACAUUUGUCCGAUGCCAGUGAAUCUACCUUUGUCCAGUUUGACUCAUGUCCUAUGGAAGAGAGCUGGUUUAUUACACCACCUCCGUGCUUCACAGCAGGUGGCCUGGCCACUCUGAAAGUAGAAACCAGCCCCUUGGAGAACCUUCUCAUUGAACAUCCCAGCAUGUCUGUUUAUGCAGUCCAUAAUACCCAUCACAGCCUCAACAAGACCAGUUGUGGUGAUGAAGAAGGGGAAGAGGAGGAUGAGGAUGAAAAAGAAAAUCGAAAUGCUACCAAUCCUAGAUCAGAAGCCCAAACCAAAAUGAGUCAACACAUCCGAUGCUACAUUGCGGCACUCGCCACUCACUCAACCUUUCUUGAACAGACCAAGAGCUUUCGGCCUUCCCGAUGGACAAAAGAACACCAUGAAAGACAAUAUUUGAACAGAAGCCGCCUCCGUCGCCAAAACCUGACCAGGGAUUGCUACUCUCGUCAACUCAAGAAUAACGGGUUUUUUGUUCACCAGCCUUGCCAGCGUCAGUAUAAUUACUGAGAGUGUUUUGCAUUAUUAUUGUAAUUGUUAUUAUUUUCAAAAAUAAUAUUGUUUAACUGUU